CUGCAACAUCUACAACCGUCCGUCAACCAACAUGCAACCACGCCGUUACGCAUUGACGGGCGCGUUUAAAGGCUCCUCGCCAUGGUCAAGAGCAGGCCGUCCAGCUCUGCAGUUGCAAACUGCCCGAUUUGUUUGCCGCAGUUGCCAAAAGAAGUUUUCCACGUCCUCUAUACUUCGACAGGCGUCAAAGACAGCCCCUAAGAAUGUCGAAAAAGAGCAGAUGUACAAGUCCAAAUUGCUGAUUUACGAUGCGGGCGACACACGUACAACUUGGGUUUCUUUCUGGAAAGCCAUGGCCUUGUUGCAGUUUGGGACCACGCUCGUCUUUGGUGUACCUCUCCUAUGGUACAACGAGAACCAACCAGAUCCAAAUCUUCGGAAAUCUCAGGCUAUCUUAGUUGGCGUUCUCGGCACCAUUCCCACGCUUACAAUGGCCUACGUCACCGCCCCCUUCGCUCAUCAAGUGUUUCUCCAAAUCCCCGAGAACGCGCGACGGAGCAGGCGCAACCUGAUGAACUUUGCUCGCACGCUCACCGCCGACACAAAAGGUACCGCCAACACCAAACUUGAGUUCGUAACCCUGCGCAUUUUCCCCUUCCGAAAGCGCACCACCGCGUUCUUGCACGAGCUUCGCGCCCUACCUCCAAUGAAGUUCCGAUUGGCCAAUAUCGAGUUACCGAAGAGCGAGGAGUGGGUCAAGAGGCAGCGCGAGAAGGGCAUAUUUCAAAGAAUGUAUGAGGUGGUAAAUGAGCCAAGGUUCAAGUUCUACGUCAAGGAGGGGCGUAUGUACACGAUGAAGACGGGUGUGCCGGGUGUAUGGGAGGAGGUGGCGAACAGGAUUAAGGAACAGACGGUUGCGGAGAGAAGUAGUAUGGAAAAGGAGAAGGGCGUUGCGAAACGGCCGGUCCUGGCCAGAAUUCCUGUAAAGCCUGUCAAGGAACUUGAGAGGGAGAGGAUCAAGAGGCAAACUGCAAGACCGACCGCGAGGUCACUAAACAGAUGAGACGCGGUACCAUGCGACUCAAAGAACCACUAGAACUGACAGGGCAUAUUAAUUAGUGUCGCAGCAGGUAUAUAGUCACGAGCCGCGCACUGAGCUAUCGGUCGAUCGGUAUUUUGGUCGCGACAAUUAGCUUGUUGGAUUAGUUGUACAAUCGAGAACGGCAUAUUUCAAGUGGAUCAGCUCGAUUCACUUUCCAAAGCGUUACAGCAAACCAGAAGCUUAAUAUGCUAUUCUGGGAGGCCUGCAAAUAGACUCAGUGUUCAUAUUGAAACUUAUUUAGCACUUUAACUAUUAUAGAGCCUGACUUGUUCUUUGAUUUACAAACAACAUGAGCAGUCAUUACAGCUAGAAUCACGA